AUGCGCCGCACCGCCACCGAUGCCCUCCUGGUGGGGCGUCGGGCGUUGCUCGAGCGCUGCUCAAUCUGCUGUAUUGGCGCUUGGCGCUGGGGCGACGACGACGAGGACUGGGACUGGCCCAUGGUCCAGAGGUGCGCUCCGCCUGGGACUUUGAUGAGAGAGAGUGCCAACUGCGCGUCAGCUGUGCCAGCUUCGGUCACUGCAUGCCUCCUUCCGCCGUGGGGUGCGGCUGAUGUUGCCGCCGACAGAGCGAGAAACGGGGUGGGCGGAGGCGAUGCGAGGCGAUGCGAUGCGAUGAGCGGUGUUGGGAGAGCGGAUGUGAGAUGGCGGUGGAGUCAGAAUUGCGCGUUCAGCAUGCGGCCAGGUAGCGGCGUGGAGCAGGGAUCUACAUUUUUAGCGCCCGCCCACGCCGACGCCUAUGAUAAUAAUAAUAACAGCUACGCCCACGAGCACUUCCGCGUCGCCUGGGGACUCUGCGUCCUGCAGCGAACGGAGCCAGGCCAAACCAGCCCUUUCUCUUCCCCAUCUCAGGUCUGCGACAACCCAGCAGUAUCGUAUCGCCGUCGCUCCACGGCCCACGGCGACGACGGCCCACCGCCACUCCAAUUUCUAGAGGCCCAUGGCCCAUGGCCCAUAGCCUACCUAUAG